AUGGCUCCACCAGUGCCAGCUAAACCGCCAACUAAACAUUGGAAUCUGGGGGUUGGCCCAAUUCUGACACAUUCCUUCAAUGGAGACAGAUCUGGUAAGGUUAUUUCGUUUGUUUUUCUUGUUUUAGAGGUCAUUUUGAGACGAUAUAAAGCGAAGUCGAGGAAAAUAGAUGAAGUAAACUUUUGAGAAGUUGAAAAUAGUACUACUUUCUCUUUUUCAGUUGUCGCCGUAGCCUCAGGAGCAACGAUAUAUAUCUUACAGUUGGACAAAGGUGAAUGGACUGAAAUUGCUCAAAUCCAUGAUCAUGAAUUGCCUGUUGUAUGCUUGGAUUGGGCACCUAAAUCUAACCGACUUGUCUCAGCUUCACACGACAAGAAUUCUUUUGUUUUUACUUUGACUCCAGACAAUAACUAUCAGCAGGAAAUGGUGUUAGUCAGGGCGUUACGAGGCCUAACCAGCUGUAAAUGGUCUCCAUUGGGUAAGAUAUUUGAUUUUUUUGUUUCGACCUUUAUAUAUUAAAAUUAUUAAUACGUUAACACGCUAGAAUACUGUUAUUUAAAGACGAAACGUCACGUUUUAUUUAUGUUGUAGUACAAUGUUUAUUGUGACUUACUUUUUAUUAUAACUUUUUUCAAAGAAUAGUUGUGAAUUUGAUUUUUCUUGAGGUUGUAGACCAUUUACUUUAUCAAAUCAAAAAGUGUAAGAAGUUUUGAAAUUUACUGUAACAUACAGUACUUUUACCGUAACCUUAACUUUUUCUAAUUUUUUCAUGUUUAUUUACAAUGGAAGAACUAUUUUGUCUUUUAAACUUUUUGUAGAUGUAUUUAUUAUACUUUGUGAUUUCAUGCGCAGUACUUAUGUUGUUUUAGAGUAACAUCUUAAUAUUUUAGAAAACAAAUUUGCGAUUGGAACACAUUGUAAGACAGUAGCAGUUUGUUAUUACGAAAAAGAGAAUAACUGGUGGAUCUCAAAGCAUAUCAAAAAGGAUAUGCAAUCGACAGUAAAGUGCAUUGACUGGCAUCCAAAUAACGUGCUUUUGGCUGUUGGCACUACGGAUUUUAAGGUAAUUGCAGGCUUUUUUGUCAACCUACUACAUAUAAUAUUGGUUGGUUUGAAAUUAUUGUUUAUUUUCUUAGAUUUGACAAUUUACGUUAACAAUCAACUUUUAGGUAUUUGUCUUGUUAAGUUAAUACAAGUCAUUUUCUAGGUAUUCGUUUUUUCCGGCUACUGUAAAGAAGUGGACGAGAAGCCAGAACCCAAUCCGUGGGGAUCGAAGCUGCCAUUCGGAGUACUUUUGGCUGAAUUCACAACUACUGGAUGGAUAAAAUCAGUAGCUUUCUCACCCUCCGGCAAUCAAUUGGCAUGGACUACACACGCAUCUGAAGUAUCAGUCGUGAACAAAGCUACCGGGGGUGCAGAGGCCAAACCACAAACUGCCAGACAUUCCUUUUUGCCAUUCAAUCAGCUGAUCUUCACUGACGAGCAAACUCUUAUUGGCAUUGUAAGUUCAUUUUUAAAAUUCUGGAGUAUCGUACUGUAUUUUUGUUUUUAAACUUUAAAAAAUAACGGCAGAAACUUUCCCGGGAAGGAUUUGAUAUAUGAAGGUAGGGUCCUUAAGCCACUGCCAUUUAAUUAAUACUAAAAUCUAUGGGAAGAUGUCAAUACUAGAUGUGUUGGUCAAAAUCCUUAUCAUGGAUAAUAUCUCCACUUUUAGGGUCAUGAAUUCUCGCCGGUAAAGUUUACGAUCGAAAAUGGCAAACCGAAAUGCGAUAGGAAGAUUGAUAUCCCAUUGACGGAGAAGAGCGAAUCCACGGCUUCUGCUUUCAAAAUGUUCCGUGACAUCGACAGAACGGCCGCGAGACAAACGGCUGAUGAAUCCGCACCAAAAACACUACAUCAAAACACCGUUACGUAGGUUUUUUUUAUAUAUUUUUGAUAUUAUCAUGGUAUCUAUCGGCCUCUUUUGUCGUUAUUUUACUUUUUUAAACGAAAAAAUUCAUGGAUUUUGUCUUGGUAAGGUUUAGAUUAGAUCCAAACAAAGCUUUUGGAAAAUUAGAGCUACGGUCGAAACGCUGUACUUCUGAGAGCAAUAUAAGAUUUUCGGAUGUUGUAGAACCUAGAGUAAAGCUUUUUAAUGCCAUUUUUGUCAUGUUCACUAUGUUAUGUUCCAACCUUUUCAGGAGUCUCCGACCCUACGCAGUUGGCCCCAAAGGAAUAACGAAAUUCACCACAGUAGGCCUAGAUGGUCAACUUGUUCUAUGGGACUUAAAAGUAAGUUUGAUACCUAAAAUGAGACGAAUACCUUUAGGCUUGUAUCGCAUUUGUAAACCCAGGACAAGAGUUAAUAGAAACGGUAAAAUAAAGUGAGAACCUAACUUUUGGUGCGGUCUUAAUCAAAUUGCGGUUUAGAUUUAUGUUACUUUUCGAACUAAAAAUUAGGUUUUUAAUUAAAAAAAAUUUAAAUUAUGUUUUUUGUGUGAAGAGUCCUUUUAAUAACAUAUCUGUAGUAAGAUACCAUAACCUAACUUUACUACACCAAUGUCGAUGUCAAUAUUGAUGUGAAUGUUUAUAACUUAACAAAAAUCAUUUUCAUCUGCCAUUACUUAUCAUACCCUCAUUUCAGGACUAG